CAGUUUUGAUCAUCUGAUGUCAUCGAGAUUAUAAUCACCAUAAGGAAGAACAGAAUGCGCGAUGGAUAUUUUGAAGUUAAGAGAUCUUUUGAUGGAACUAGUAGAAGAACUGAAGAUUACCAGAGCUGAAGUGACAGAGAACGAAGAUCGUAUUCAGCAACUUGUGAACGAAUGCCAUGACAAAGAGAGAAAAUUGGAAGAGGAAGCUCUCAUGGCUCUGUCUCUAAGAGACAAACAUAUAGAGACUGAGGACAUUUUGAGCAAAACAUCGGAUGAUAAGAUGAAACACCUUGAAUCUGAAAAGUCUAAACUUCAGUUGGCUGUAGAGGGCUGGGAAAAGGAAAUAAAAACAAUGAAAGAAGUGGUCAGAGCUUUAGAGCUGUCCAAGUACAACCAAGAUAAAACGGUUCGAGAGCUGCAACACAGACUCCAAACCCAGGAAAGGAAUAAGACGGCACAUGCUGAACAGGUGCUAGAUAUCGAUAAUAAAUGCAAGGGUCUUCAAAAAGACAUGACAUUUUAUAGGGAUGCACUGGGCAUCCUUAAAAGGGAAGUCAGUGAAGCUGGUGUAUUGAAUAUGAAGUUAACAGCAACCAACAUUCAUCAGAGUUGCGAGAUAUCCUCAUUGAAAGAAGAUCUUAAUAAGAAACAACAAGACAUCAUAAAGCUACGUGCCCAUGUCACUGGCAUGCCAGACAAAGAGAGCAACAAGAGGGAGAUGAUCGAAUUACAGAUAGAAGAACUAACCAAAGAAUUGAAACAGGUUGCACUUAUAAACCAAGAUUUGAAGACUCAGUAUGAGGAGGGUAGACGAGCUAAUCAGGUUACACAAGCACAGUUACAAGAAUGCCAAGACCUGUUGCAACGGUUUAUGACAUCUACCGACGAGCUCAAAAAGAGAACUACCCAGCAAGAAACCCAAAUAGCCACGCUAAUGAAAGAAAAUACCGAUGUGUCAGAGCGACAUUCAAGAGCAAAAUCAGAAAUCGCCGAGCUACGCCAAGUUAUGAAUGAACGGGACUCCAAGAAAAAAACCGAGGUCCUUAGACUGGAAGAGGAAAAUGAAAAGAUGAAGAACGACCUCAGUAAAGUUAGGAAAACUGUGCUUAAUCUUGAAAAUAUCAACGCCAGUUGGGCAUCUAAAAAUCAUGCCAUUACAAAGGAAAUGGAAGAUUUGAAGAUGAAGCUAGAAUCCUCGUCUGCCGAAUUAGACAAGAUGAAGCUCCCGAUUCACAAGAGUGACAUCGAAAGUCAGACUAAUUCAAACACCAAUUUGGACAAUUUCGAUGCAAGUUCUAUCAUGACAGGUGCCACGGAUCCCAAGACUGCAGAAACAUUUCAAGAGUCGGAGAUUACUGUAGAAUCGCAAACGAUUGAACAAAAAAUAAAGGAAGAUGCCCAAGUGAUAGGAGAGCAGAAAAUGCAACAAGAAGAGGUGAGGAAUAACCAAAAAGAGGAUAUCACUGCCAGUGUGCCAGAACCCACGAAUGAUAGCCUUAAUGGAGACAAUACACAAUGCACAAAUGAUAAUGCGGAUGUGCGAGAGACUAAUAACCACUCAUCAGAUAACUUCAAGGAUGACAGACGUAUUGGAGAUGUGUCAGUGAUGCUGAUGGAGAACCCAACAGGCAAAUAUGAUAGAUCUAGCGUACAUGGGAUGUCAGCAGAAGAAGGCAUUAAUCAGCAUCAAUUUCAGAGAAAGGUUACUCCAGGUACUCUGGAUAAGACAGGAUACUUGACUGAAGAGCUGCACUCGAAUGCUGAGGAUUCUCAACUGAAAACAAUCGAACCAGGACAGGAUGGCAAUGAAAUCAAGAUAAUGAGGAAAACAAUAUCAAAUACGGUCUCCCUCGAUGCAUCCAGAGAGACUUUGAAAGGUCCUGCCAAAAUAAGUUAUAUUGAAGAUUCUCAGGCACGUACGGAUGAUAAACUACUUGAAGCUGAGACAGGCAACGAUGCAGAAAAUAUCCUGCCCGUGGACAAUGAACAAGUUUCGCCGGUGCAGGAAGACAAGACAUCACGCAUGAUAGAUAUUGAUACUGUUCAUAAAACACGAGAAGGUACUGCUAACCAAGCACAAUUGCUUACUGAUACAUCUGCAGUAUUGGGAAAUCUGGAUGAGGUUGAGGUUUGCAAUGAAGAUAUUCUUAUACCCAGCACCUACGAAGAAGAAAAACUUGCGUGCUGCAGAGGGCAAGAAAAUCAAGAAAUGCACCAAGCAGAUUUGAGUGGAUGUGAGAAAGAUGCUGUUGAUUCAAGCGAAAGUAUGCUGUCAGUGGAUGUACAGACUGAACGAGGAAAAAUUAAUUCACCUCUUUGCGAGACUGGUCAGAAGAGCCUUGUGAGUUACCAAAAAGGAGCAAAACCAAUUGAACAGAUAGCAAAUAAAAGCACGUCGUCUUUGACCUCAGUACUGACGGAAGCAGAUGAAGUGCCUGAAACCAAAGAGGCAGAGCAUACAAAUAAGAUAGUUGCAGUGGAAAAUUAUUCUCUUUCUGAAACUACUGUGCUCCAAGGUGCUCAGCGUACCAGCAGUUCAUAUUCAGGUAAUAAUUCCAGAGAUGUACAUGAAAAACCUGAGCCAGCUACAAGUCUCUGUGGAUCAGGUAACUACAGCAGCUUGUGGAAGAAAGGAAAAUUCUCUCCUGUCACGACAGAUCCUACCUGCCUUCAAACAUCCAAACAGAAGAUGGCAACUUCAUUGCAUCAGUUGUCAAGUCCUCCAUUUGUUAUUAAGUCUUCAUUAUCUCCCUCGGAUAUGGCUUCUUGUCCUCUCAAUUCAGACUCGGAAGCAGUGUCCACUCCAAGCAACACCGAUGACCGUCAAAGUUACUCUCUGGCUAAGACAAGGUUGACUUGGUCAUCUCCAGCCAUAAUGAGGACCAACAUGAUUGGAAGAGCAACAUCAUACUCAUCAAGGAAGGAUCUUGAUCCGUUGAGAAUGCAACCAACUAAAAAUAUCAACAUCGCAACAGAAACGCCGCAUGUACCGUAUUCACACUGCCAUUCGUCAGCCCAGCAGCUCCAUCAAUCGCUUUGUCAUAUUGUGUGUGCAACAUCUUUGACGUCCACAGUCACAUCGAUUGAUCAAAAGUGUACAGUACCAAAAUCUUUUGGGAUUUCUCAAGAGUGUACCCAGGAGGCAUCCAAUAAUAGAUCCCUUGAAAUUCAGGAAGCUGUGCCAAGGCCCGGGAGACCCAUCUUUGACAAACAAUCUAACGGAGAAGACCAAGAGAAAACUUUAUCCAAGCAGGAUCCCAAACCAACUACGAAGGUUUCAAAGUACCCUACCUUAUCGUUCAGUUUUCCAAACCGACCGCCUAUCGUCAUAGACCAAGUUCAUGGAGGUGCCGGAGAUGCGGGUGGAGACGUCAGUCUAUUCUCAGAUGAAGAAGGCGAGGAAGACAUGGCAGAUGAUGUGGCUAGCCAGAUCAAUCGUAUCCAAAAUUUUCUGAAGAAGGACCGGUUGAAAAGGGCAAAAUUGGAAUGACCACUUUGCUGUUCCACCUUAUCCAAGAAGACAUACCUUAAUAAAGUAAGGAAAUAAUCACUAAAGUUCCCGUAUAUUUAUUCCUUUUUUUCGAAGAAAGUCUUUAUUCAGUAUUUCAUCAUAUUAUAAAUGAUAUAAUUAAAUGCAAAAUACAUGUAGUACAUUACGUACAAUAUUAACUUUAUAGAUGACAAAUUUAAAUAAGCUCGAUGUGCCUUGAUCCAUCAAACGUACAUUAAACUUAUUUUGUUGCAUAUUCAUAUUGUGUUCUGACUCAUGCUGAUAUUUAAUUUUUAUUACGAUGAAAAAAAGGACAACAUCUAGUUGAAAAAUAUAAUAUUUAGUAUAAAUAUCAAAAAUUAAACGAAGAUUAAUUUCCACCUGGUAUGCCAAAUACAUACUCAAUAAAAAUAACUUCAUUGCACUUUCAAGAGUGUAUUUUUAAAAUCACCCCCCAAAAUCUGAGUUUUUUAAAUAUUUUUUUUCUGUACAUGUUUAAUGUUGUACGUAAUGUAUUGCAUCUAUUUUACAUUUGAUUAUACAUGUAUAAUUUGUGGAGAAAUAUUGAAUACUUUCAAUAUAAAAAUCGACGCGUAGAGGGGCAUUCCC